AUAAACGAGGUACAUUAAAAUGUGCGUAUAGUGCAAGUCACUCUAAUAAAAUUCAAGUCAUACAAGAUUUCUUGGAAAUGAUGUUAGAGGUACGUAUUUGACAUUUUAAGAUUUCUUGGAGAAGAUGUUUGCACUGCAUCCGUUAAAUUAGGACAUGUACCAUUUACCAAAGAGGGAUUGAAGAAAUGUAUACAUCGGCUCAUCAAGACUACGGCAAAUUCUCCGGUGAGGGAUAUCAUCCAGGCCCUAUGAAACAACCUUAUGCUCCUCCAUAUGCUUCUGCCGCCGGUAUGCCGGUACAACCUUCGGCCACCGCCACAGCGCCGUGGUCCACCGGUCUUUGCCACUGUUUUGAUGACCCUGCUAACUGUUUAGUUACUUGUGUUUGCCCUUGUAUCACCUUUGGACAGAUCUCCGAAAUAGUAAACAAAGGAACAACCUCAUGUGCGGCUAGUGGUGCAUUAUAUGGCGUUUUGCUGGGAUUGACAGGAUUGCCUAGCCUAUAUUCGUGCUUCUAUAGGUCAAGAAUGAGGGGACAAUAUGAUUUGGAGGAAGCACCUUGUGUUGAUUGUCUAGUCCAUGUCUUUUGUGAGCCUUGUGCUCUUUGCCAAGAAUACAGAGAGCUCAGGAACCGUGGCUUUGAUAUGGGAAUUGGUUGGCAAGCUAAUAUGGAAAGACAAAGCAGGGGAGUUACAAUGCCCCCUUUUCAUGCAGGCAUGACUAGAUACAGGUAGGCAAGUUGAUGAACCCCUUCUUAGGAUCCUUGAUCAGCGAGAGUUGGCGUGCUUCACUUGAUCCAGAGCUGCUUUUGAUUUUGGUACGAUUGCUUGUACACAUAUAAGGGUAUGACGUGGCCCAGUCCCGUCCUUGUACAGUUGUAUUUUCUAUUAGAGGUUUGUAGACACUAGACAGUUAUGUAUAGUUGGAUAGUAUGUGG